AUGGCUUCCAUUCACGGACCCAUCACCGAUGUCUCCGAGUUUCACGAGGUUCUGAAGUCCUCGAAACGGAUUAUGGCUUUGUGUGGAGCAGGUCUCUCAGCAGCAUCUGGUCUUGGAACAUUUCGAGGAGCUGGUGGGAUGUGGCGGAAUCAUCAAGCAACAUCUCUUGCGACUCCAGAGGCUUUUGAGCAAGACCCGGGAUUGGUGUGGCUCUUCUACUCGUACAGAAGACAUAAGGCAUUGCAAGCAAAGCCGAACGCUGGACACUAUGCUCUGACAGAACUGUCCAAGGAAAUGCCGGAUGACUUUAUCACCCUUACGCAGAAUGUGGAUGGCCUCUCUCAACGCGCAGGCCAUCCUCGAGAGCAACUCAAACUCCUUCACGGCAGUCUGUUCGACAUUAAAUGCUUCGACUGCGAUCGCAUCGAACUGAACAACUACGACGAUCCGUUUCAUCCCCUUCUCGCCAUCGACUCCGAAGAAGAUUCCCGUCUUGCACCGGCUGAGAAUACAGAGCAAGCCCGCGCCGCAUAUGAGGAUCCAAAUGUCGAUACCACAACCAUCAACCCCGAUGAUCUUCCACACUGCCCAGAUUGCAAAGCAGGCCUACUACGACCCGGCGUUGUUUGGUUUGGUGAGGACCUACCUGAAGACACUCUGGACGAAGUCAGUGAGUGGAUCGAGAAGGACAAGAUAGACUUGAUAUUAGUGAUUGGGACUACAGCCACUGUCUGGCCAGCCGCAGGGUAUGUUAGUGAAGCAACAAGCAAGGGGGCAAAGGUUGCUGUGAUCAACAUGGACGGAUUGGAUGGGGAACUGGGAGCUGCCAGUAACCUGAGGGAUGAUGAUUUCCUAUUUCAAGGGGACGCGUCAAAAAUCCUUCCCGAAAUCUUGAAGCCCAUCAUUGGAGAGCUGGAAGGAGUACAUUGA